AUGGCAACCAAGCAGGCGGAGGCCGCCGCGAAGGCGGCCCGGUUCCAGAAGGCCACGAAGGAGCCACUGAUGGUGUCUGCGGCCCCGCUCUCUCUUGAGUGGUCUAACUCCGCAUCCGUGAUCGGGACAGCGGAGGGCUCCACCAACUCCCGCCGCGCAGACCCGUGUGCCGAGCUCCUGGCGGCAACAGAGCGGAAUGCGCAGGAGGCGCGCGAGGAGCGGGAGAAGGCGGAGAAGGAGAAGGCGGACGCGGCCAAGGCGGCGUCGGAGGAGGACGAUGCAGCGGCCAAGGCCCAGGCCGACGCCGCGGCUAAGGCCCAGGCGGACGCGGCCGCCAAGGCGCAAGCGGAGGAGGCAGCCCACGGCCGAGCCCCGCAACUCAUCAUCCCCCUGCGCUUCGUGCCACCCGCGCCCGAGAUGUCGGCGACGACCGGAGGAGUCGGCGACAAGCAGACGGAUUACCACAACAUCCGUGCGGCCGCCUUCAACUCCCACAUCCAGGAGCUGGCCAAGCGGAAUGCUGACUUGGUUGAGAGCCGGGGGGAGGCGUUCGGCGCGUCACGCUACUCUGGGGGCGUCUCCAAAGAGAGCAGCUCCGGCGCCGAGCAAGGCUUCUAA